AUAACAGACCACUCUGCUUGUGCACUGCACUUUACUUCAUACACUCAGCCGUGCAUGCUGCAGGAAUUACCCACAAUCCCCCGAGCAGGAACAUGCUGAGAGUGCGCUGUCUGAGAGGAGGAAGCCGAGGAGCCGAGGCUGCUCACUUAAUCGGAGCCAUGAUUGGACGUACGGCGUCCCGUUGGGUUCAGAAGGCGUUUCAGAGCUCGAGCUCGGCGGCUGCCGUGAGAUCACACGCAGCUGAGGACGUGGCCAUCAAUGAGCCUGUGCCUGAUGAGUGUCCGGUUUGCGCUUAUAACGAGUGGGACCUGCUGGAGGAAGUGAUUGUGGGGCGCGCGGAAAACGCAUGCGUCCCUCCGUUUACUGUAGAGGUCAAGGCCAACACGUACGAGAAGUACUGGCCAUUUUAUCAGAAAUACGGAGGGCAGACAUUCCCUGAGGAGUACCUGAAGAAGGCGAUUACUGAAAUCGAGGAAAUGUGCAAUAUCCUGCGCCAUGAAGGCGUCGUCGUGAGGAGACCUGAACCCAUCGACUGGUCCUUCGAGUACAAAACCCCCGACUUCACAUCCACAGGUAUGUACGCAGCCAUGCCGCGGGACAUCCUGUUGGUUGUGGGGAACGAGAUCAUUGAGGCUCCGAUGGCGUGGAGAGCUCGGUUUUUCGAGUAUCGCGCUUACAGGCCGCUCAUUAAAGAGUACUUUAGACAAGGAGCAAAGUGGACCACCGCACCCAAACCCACCAUGGCAGACGAGCUAUACGAUCAGGAUUACCCAAUCCGUACAGUAGAAGACAGACACAAACUGGCUGCAGAGGGAAAGUUUGUCACCACUGAACAUGAGCCGUGUUUUGACGCUGCUGAUUUCAUCCGAGCCGGAACAGAUCUGUUUGUGCAGAGGAGCCAGGUUACUAACUUUAUGGGAAUCGAGUGGAUGAGGCGUCACCUCGCUCCCACCUACAAAGUGCACGUCAUCUCAUUUAAGGAUCCGAACCCCAAGCACAUCGACACCACCUUUAACAUCAUCGGACCCGGACUGGUGCUGUCCAAUCCAGACAGACCAUGCCGCCAGAUUGAGAUGUUUAAGAAGGCUGGCUGGACGGUGGUGCGUCCACCAACACCUUUAAUUCCUGACGAUCACCCACUCUGGAUGUCCUCCAAGUGGUUGUCCAUGAACGUCCUGAUGCUGGAUGAGAAACGUGUCAUGGUGGAUGCUAACGAGACUACCAUUCAAAAAAUGUUUGAAAAUCUUGGUAUAAAGACGAUUAAAGUGAGCAUUCGUCACGCUAACUCCCUGGGCGGAGGUUUCCACUGCUGGACCACGGACGUCCGACGCAGAGGAAUGCUGCAGUCGUAUUUCCACUAAACCUGCCAGAAAACUACAGUUAUUAUUGAGUUCACAUUCACACAGCAGUAACGAUUAAUAAUCGGUAUGCAGUCAGGUCCUAAAGUCUGAGUGUGCUAAUAAUUACAGCUUUUAAAAAUUCCAUCAAUUCAACAGUUAAAAAAUUUCCAGUAAUAAAAAACAUCUGUAAUGGAAGUAGAUUUGUCUCCACUUUAUACUAUUAAUUCUGUCACUGUGUAGUUCACUCAGAAGUUUAGACCUGACUGUAACAGUUAAUAAGUCUUAAUUUUUACAAAAUGUUUUCAUUAUUUUUUUUUAGCAGUGCAUGUGCAAGCUUCCGCAAAUACAGACACUCACUCACGAUCUCAAUAACGACUGCACUUCUGGCUCAUGGAACUGUGUAAGCUACAACUAAUUUCAAAACAAAACAAAACAAAACACACAAAUCCAAUGCAAAACGAGUGACAAGAGUUUAAAUUAAAGACUUGUUUGAUUUCCAGAGAUCAGUGAGCCAACCAAGUGCAAAAAUACAACAAAGAUUAAUGGCCAUUCAAUCAUCAGAAGUAAAAUCACAGUCUUUCAAUUUGUGAAGAGGAAAUCGAAUUGUAAGCAGUCUGAAAGGAAUUAGAACUCCUGUAGGAAAGUCCGCCCUGCCAUCCCAUAAUGCCCAGGGAAGUUCUGCUCUCAGCGUCACCAAGACAACAAACAUGGCCAGGAAAUAAAAAAAAAAUACCUAUGCGAAAGUUACUACCUCCUUUUUAUGAUUCAGAAAAAUACAUUUCUUUCUUAAACAAUUGAUUCUAAUAUGAAUUUUGUAUCUUUUUUGUAGUAGAUCAUUACACACUCAAUUUCUUACAAUAUAUAUAUUAAAAUGAUAAGUUGUAAGGUUUCUGGUCAGUGACUCUGGAGGUCAUCAGGAGGAGAUACCACUUAGUGAGGUCUCCCCCAGCUGGUCAUCACAGGCACUAACACGAAUCCUCACACAACCAAACUGUAAAUAUAUUUUAUAUAUGUUAAAUUGUGUUCAAAAUACUGAUUUUUUUUGUUCUUAUAAUUACUCUCCAGCAUCUAUUUUUGCUUGUUUCCCAUCAUUUCUGUAUUUCUAAAGAGGUGAACGAUGAGGUGCUGGUGUGAUGAGCUGACAGAGCUGACUCUGUGCCGCUUCGCUGCUCUUUUGUGUUCACAGGAAAUGAUUAUAUUCGGUUUUCGGGGGGAACAUUUUUAGCUGCUCUGAGCCAUGUGAAGUGAGAGAGGUGUGUGAAUGUGAGCCGGGUUAAUAGAAAAAUGGCUAAUUUAAAGAAGAAUUUAAAAAAUGUUCGUAGCUUAAGACUUGAUGCAUGAUAAUGUGAAAAAAUAUUAAAAGGAUGUUUGAAACUGA